UUGGGUUUCUCUCUCUCUCUCUCUCUGUCUCUCUCUCUCUCUCUCUCCUCUCUCUCUCGCUCGCUCGCUCGCUGUGAGUGUGUGAAUUGGGUAUCUCGUCGCAUCCUCUCUUUUCUGUUCCGGCAGGUGGGACGAAGAGUGACGACGAAGAUGAAGACGGCAAUGAAGCUCGUCGCCCUCACMGUGGCAUUGACUUUCCUCAUGAGCGCCAGCCCUCGCGCGUCCAUGGCGAAGGCAGCCUUCAUGAACGCUCCCCCUAGCGCGGCUGCCCCUAGCACCGCUGCCGCUAGCGGGGCUGCCCCUAGUGCGGCGAUGGUGAAGACAGGCAAGGACGCGAAAGUGUUCGAGAUUCUUAAGAACGAGAUGCAGUUUUCCAUGUUCUACAAGGCGCUGGUGGAUACCACGGAAAUCUGGAACGUGGAGGGGCGCACAGUGCUCGUCGGUGAGCAAUUGAUCCUGUUCGCUCCCACGAACGCGGCCUUCAGCACUGCGCUCAGCGAGGAGGUGAUCACAUGUCUGCAAAAGGAGCCCGGUCAAGCGACCCUCGCGAGUUUCUUGAAGUACCUUCAGGUUGUCGUUCCCARCAAUGCCACCGUCCCGCAGGUGAAAACUCCGAAACAGCUGCUCAAGGUGACUAAGGACGACUUUCUGUGGACGGUUGGGGGCAAGGGCAUCGCC